AUGGCAUUAAGGGUGCUCAUGGAGUAUGAAUCCGUAACCUGGAGCAUCUCAAUUCAAGGUCAGAGUAUGGAGAUAGCUCCUAGAAGAGCACACGAGCGUAACCGCCCUCCCAGAGCUCAUAAUGCUACCUUUGUGGUUUUCGAUGUUAUCGAAGAGAUGGGCUUGCUGUUUUACUGCGAUGUGAUAUACUCUGCAUCUUGUUUUAAUGCAGCCGGAGCCCUGGUCACCAAGAGACAUCAAAAAGCAGAUAUUGAAGUGACCCUGGUCCGGAAGAUUGAGCAAAUAUUGAGCCACGAGCGUCACUGUUCUGGAUACGUACACAAGGUCGCAUUUAACGUCAGUCAGAUUUCAGACGAGUAUUGGGGUCCUGGUUGUGCUCGGACAGAAACAGAUCCCAAUGAUUGGACUUCCGUGGAGGCCAUGAUCGAUGAGCAGAAUGGCCAGUACCUCGUCAUAUGGGCUGGGCGGACUGCGGCCACUGGAGAUGGAGUCCAGACGGACUGGAUGAUGGCAGGUCGAGCCACUGACGGUCUCCUCAACGAAUGGCACGCAGAUGAAUCGGAGAGGGUGUAG